CUCCAGCCGCCCCGGGGAGCGUCUGAGGAGGCGCGGGCCUUUGCAGGCUCAGGCGCCGUACCUGCUGGAGCCGCCGGACAGGCCCAAGGAGCUGCUUGUUCCGACCCCACCGCCCGAUGUCCUCAAGAUGGAGGCAGCGGGGGCAGCGGCGUGAAACAAGCGGCGCUGUGGGCGCGGGAGCAGGGACCCGGGCGGCGGCGGCGGCGGCGGCGGCGGGAUGGGGCUGCUGCUCAUGAUCCUGGCGUCGGCCGUGCUGGGCUCCUUCCUCACGCUGCUCACCCAGUUCCUGCUGCUGUACCGCAGACAGCCCGAGCCGCCGGCGGACGAGGCGGCCCGCGCGGGCGACGGCUUCCGCUACAUCAAGCCGGUGCCGGGCCUGCCCCUGAGGGAGUACCUCUAUGGCGGCGGCGGUGGCGGCGGGGCUGAGGAGCCCUCGGGAGGGCCCCCCGAGGGCGGUGCGACCCCGACCCACCCCGAGACCCCCGCCCCGCCAACGCGGGAGACCUGCUACUUCCUCAACGCCACCAUCCUGUUCCUGUUCCGGGAGCUGAGGGACACCGCGCUGACCCGCCGUUGGGUCACCAAGAAGAUCAAGGUGGAGUUCGAGGAGCUGCUGCAGACCAAGACGGCCGGGCGCCUUCUGGAGGGGCUGAGCCUGCGGGACGUGUUUCUGGGCGAGACGGUGCCCUUCAUCAAGACCAUCCGGCUCGUGCGGCCCGUGGUGGCCUCGGCCACCGGAGAGCCCGAUGGCCCCGAGGGGGAGGCGCUGCCCGCCACCUGCCCCGAGGAGCUGGCCUUCGAGGCGGAGGUGGAAUACAAUGGGGGCUUCCACCUGGCCAUCGACGUGGACCUGGUCUUCGGCAAGUCCGCCUACCUGUUCGUCAAGCUGUCCCGCGUGGUGGGCAGGCUGCGCUUCGUCUUCACCCGCGUGCCCUUCACCCACUGGUUCUUUUCCUUCGUGGAGGACCCGCUGAUCGACUUCGAGGUGCGCUCCCAGUUCGAAGGACGCCCGAUGCCCCAGCUCACGUCCAUCAUCGUCAACCAGCUCAAGAAGAUCAUCAAACGCAAGCACACCCUGCCGAGCUACAAGAUCAGGUUUAAGCCGUUUUUUCCAUACCAAAUCUUGCAAGGAUUUGAAGAAGAUGAAGAGCAUAUCCACAUACAGCAAUGGGCACUUACUGAAGGCCGGCUUAAAGUUACCUUGUUAGAGUGUAGCAGGUUACUCAUUUUUGGAUCCUAUGACAGAGAAGCAAAUGUUCAUUGCACACUUGAGUUGAGCAGUGGUGUUUGGGAAGAAAAGCAACGGAGUUCCAUUAAGACGGUUGAAUUAAUAAAAGGAAAUCUGCAAAGUGUUGGACUUACACUUCGCCUAGUUCAGUCGUCUGAUGGGUAUGCUGGGCAUGUCGUCAUCGAAACUGUAGCCCCAAACUCACCUGCUGCGAUUGCAGACCUUCAGCGGGGAGACCGGCUCAUUGCCAUUGGAGGUGUGAAAAUUACAUCAACACUGCAAGUGUUAAAGCUUAUCAAGCAGGCUGGUGACCGAGUCCUGGUGUACUAUGAAAGGCCUGUUGGCCAGAGUAAUCAAGGUACGGUGCUACAAGAUAAUUUUGGCCAGUUGGAAGAAAACUAUUUGUCAAGCUCAUGCCAACCAGGUUAUGAAGAGGAAGCUGUUGGGUUGGCAGUUGAUGCUGAAAACAGAGACUUGGAUUCUGAAUUUGAAGAUUUGGCAAGUGACAUUAGAGUACAAAAUGAGUUCAAGGAUGAGGCGCAGUCAUUAAGUCAUAGUCCUAAACGUACUCCCACCACACUUUCCAUUAAACCCCUCGGCGCUAUAUCACCAGUUUUAAACCGUAAAUUGGCUGGAGGAAGUCACCCCCCACCACCAAAACUUCCAUCCAAAGAAGGAAAUAAGCCAGCAACCCUAAAAACUUCUGAGGUAACAGACCCAGCACAAGUGACAAAACCCAACCAAGGACCCACUUUCAAACCACCUGUGCCACCACGACCACAAGUGAAAGUUCCUUUGCCUUCUGUGGAUGCCCCAACUCAGGCAGAGCAGGAUGUUGUUGAAAAGCCAGAGAAGGUACUGCCUCCGCCUCCUGCAGAUAAAUCUGCUGAAAAGCAAGCGAAGACUGUGGAUCAUGUAGACGAUGUGGCUCCAGCUAAGCAGUUUUCAACAAAGCAAGAAGUGGUGAAAGAUUGUAUUUCAGAAAGUUCCUGCCCUACUAAGGACAGUUCAGAUGACCGUCAAACAUGGGAAUCAUCUGAAAUUCUUUAUCGUAAUAAGCUAGGAAAAUGGACAAAAACCAGAGCAUCCUGUUUGUUUGAUAUAGAAGCCUGCCACAGAUACCUAAACAUUGCACUGUGGUGCAGGGAUCCUUUCAAGUUGGGGGGUCUUAUCUGUUUGGGGCAUGUUAGUUUAAAACUUGAAGAAGUGGCUUUAGGGUGCCUGGCUACAUCAAAUAUGGAAUACCUUUCAAAAUUCAGGCUGGAAGCCCCUGCACCCAAGGCAAUGGUCUCUAGAACUGCACUUCGAAAUCUGAGUAUGCAAAAAGGCUUCAAUGACAAAUUUUGCUUUGGUGACGUUACUAUUCACUUCAAAUAUUUGAAGGAAGGAGAACCAGACCACCACAUAGCUACUAUUGUAGAGAAAGAAAAAGAACUCCAUUUGGUCGAAGAAGUGUCUGCUUUGCCUAAAGAGGAACACUUUGUCGGACAGACAGGUUCACCAGAAAGUAAACAUAGUUUCCAGGAUACUCAGUUCCAAAACCCAACUUGGUGUGACUACUGUAAGAAAAAAGUUUGGACAAAAGCUGCUUCCCAGUGUAUGUUCUGUGCUUAUGUUUGUCAUAAAAAAUGUCAAGAAAAGUGUCUAGCCGAGACUCCUCUUUGUGGAGCAACUGAGAGGCGAUUAGACCGGACCCUGAAAACACUCAGACUGGAAGGACAAGAGCCCCUCUUGGGCCUGCCUCCUCGUGUUGAUACUGAAGCUAACAAGUCAGUCAAUAAGACAACAGGUUUGACAAGGCACAUUAUCAAUACUAGCUCUCGGUUGCUAAAUUUGCGUCAAGUCUCCAAAACACGCCUCGCUGAACCAGGAACUGAUCUCGUAGAACCUUCACCAAAACACACGCCCAACACAUCGGACAAUGAAGGCAGUGACACAGAGGUCUGCGGUCCAAACAGUCCUUCCAAACGGGGAAACACCACAGGAAUAAAGUUAGUGAGGAAAGAAGGCGGGCUGGAUGACAGUGUGUUCAUCGCAGUUAAAGAAAUCGGCCGUGACCUAUACAGAGGCUUGCCUACUGAGGAGAGGAUCCAGAAGCUAGAGUUCAUGUUGGAUAAACUGCAGAAUGAAAUCGAUCAGGAAUUGGAACACAAUAAUUCCCUUGUUAGAGAAGAAAAAGAGACAACUGAUACAAGGAAAAAAUCACUUCUUUCUGCUGCUUUAGCUAAAUCAGGUGAAAGACUGCAAGCUCUAACACUUCUUAUGAUCCACUACAGAGCAGGCAUUGAAGAUAUUGAAACCUUAGAAAGUUUGUCUUUAGAACAGCACUCCAAAAAAAUAAGCAAGUAUGCAGAUGAUACAGAAGAAGACCUGGAUAGUGAAAUUAGCCAACUGAUAGACUCUCAGCCAUUCAGCAGCAUCUCAGAUGACUUAUUUGGCCCAUCUGAGUCAGUGUAACAGACAGGCUAUUUAAACUUUCAAAUGGCUGGGGACAAGAUGCAUCUAAAGUACCACAGAUACAACCACAUUUCAAUCCUCUCGUAAUGCACUUUGGCCUGCUUCUCAGUUAUUUGCUUGUAUAAGAGCAAGAAUGAUAAAGGUUGUUUUCCAGCAGACACAUGACCA